AUUCGAAAACCUAUAGAAGAAGCGCCCAGCGACGCUCAAUUUCUUUACUCAACAUUUGCCUAAUAUCGUGCGCUAUCCUCAUUAUGUCCGGCCUAUCGAAUCUCGCCAGUGUGGUGAAUCAGGUGAAGGAUGAGGAGAUACAAGUGCCAAAAUCCGACGACUUUUUCGAGUCGAAGACGUUUCGUCUACUCACCCUAAUGCUCUAUAUGGGCGGUGUUAGCGGCAUGGGUCUAUCCCUAGCCGUCUACUAUUUCUUCAUUUGGGACUCACGCAUGCCCCCAUUGCCCGUCUUCAAGCAUACGCACCAAAUUGGCUAAAACCGUCACCAAAUCAGAUUCAGAUCAGCUCAACUGCAACAACAAACAAUUGGACAAAAUUGUGAUACCCGAAAAAAUUGCUAUACGCCUCCUAAACUCAUCGGAAGUCACCGCAGAGCAGUUCUAUAAGCACAUCCUGGACCAGUACCGCCUACUGAACCAUCGCCAGCACCUGCUACAGAAACAGCAUCU